GUGUGUGUGUGUGUGUGCGCCCCUUCACCCUCCCACCGCCACAAACACAACACACAACAACUGAUUGUGUGUCAGUGAAUGAUGUGCAUUGAAAAGUGUUGGCUCCCGGACUGAGAUGCUUGGCUGAGCAGCCCAGACCUCCGAGCCAGAGGGAACAUGGGCAACAUGGUAACAGAGAUCGUUGCCUUCCUCCUGACCAUCUCUGGAUGGAUCCUGGUGUCGUCCACCCUGCCGACAGACUACUGGAAGGUGUCCUCCGUGGAUGGGACGGUUAUUACCACAGCCACCUUCUGGUCCAACCUCUGGAAAACCUGCGUCACUGAUUCCACUGGCGUGUCAAACUGCAAAGACUUUCCUUCAAUGCUGGCUCUGGAUGCCUAUAUCCAGGUGUGCCGGGGCCUGAUGAUCGCAGCCGUGUGUCUGGGUUUCUUUGGCGCCAUCCUCGCUCUCGUGGGAAUGAAGUGCACGAAAAUCGGGGGCUCAGAGACGACCAAAGCUCGUCUGACCGUCCUAUCGGGCUUCCACUUCAUCCUCGGCGGCCUGUGCAGCAUGACGGCAUGCUCCAUAUACGCUCACAGGGUCACAAGCGACUUCUUUGAUCCCUUCUUUGUGGCUCAGAAGUUUGAGCUCGGGGCAGCUCUCUUCAUCGGCUGGGCCGGAUCCGUGCUGUGCAUCCUGGGAGGACUUGUGUUCUGCCUCUCGCUGUCUGAAGGAUUCAAUAUGAGAGCUGAAUAUUCCUACAGAGGACCAGUAUCACCGGCCACAGCGCGCGACAAGUGCAGCAAAACAGCCAGCGGCCCGACAGCCAGCGGCCUGCACCCGGAAACAGUGGAGCCUUCCAGGCAGUUUGGAAGAAACGCCUAUGUGUGAAAUUGGACUUUAUUCAUUUACAGUUAAAUCAAUGGCGGUGAUAUUCAUUUCCAUAUCCUGUGGUCACGAGAAACUCACGUUCACUUUAGGAACUUUGAGCAGGAACUCUGGGGACUCUGGGGAAAUCCUUCCUGGAAAUGUGUCAUUCACAGUU